GGUUGCUAGUUAUGACAUGGUACUAUUCAAACCAUUUUCCCGACCGUAUGAUAAAGCAAACCCUUUCGAAAGGUGCCUCUUAUCUUCAUAAAGCAAUAACCACACUCCGAAAUGUAGGUCUCAUUAUUAUAUCGAAUAGGAACUAGUGAUCAAGCUAUAACCAGAAGUGGAGAUGAAGGUAUAAGAGGUAGACAGGCUCAUAGAUAGCGGGGUUAUAUUGCGUGCUGGUCCUCCGCCUCAUAUUUUCGUUAUAUCCAAGUUUCAAAACAAUGGCCACACUCACCCCUAAAUCCAAAAUCGUCAUCGUCGGUUCGGGCGUAUUUGGAAUUUCGACAGCGUUAUGGCUAGCGAAAUCCGGCUACGAAGACGUAACCGUCCUGGACAUGCAGGAUACCGCGUCGGCAGCCUAUGAUCCUCUGUCGGGCAUCGACUCUGCGUCGGCCGACCUAAACAAAAUCAUCCGUUUCAGCUACGGAUCCGAGAUCGAGUAUCAACGUCUAGCAACCGAGGCUGCCGGCUUGUGGGAAGAAUGGAAUCGCGAGAUUGCCGCGACGCCCGCCGACGAGCUUCCCGAGCGGCUGAGAGAAGGCGACAGGAAGCUCUGGUGGAACGCUGGCAUGCUACGUAUGAGCAGCGAGGACGACUUUGGGGACUUUGAAGUCGCGACGCUUGAGAAUAUGGAGCGUGAGGGCAUUAGGGAAUCGCAAUUUAAAGCCGACGACGAGGCCGAUAUCGCUCGCGCAAAGGAGCGGGGUUGGGCGCACAAACUCGAUCCCUGCCGGCGACAGGAGAGGUUCGGAUCGCACAAGGCCGUCCUCGACUCUACGGCUGGUUUCGUCUACGCUUACAAGAGUUGCGCCUGGGCGCAGCAUCUGGCGAAGCGGGCUGGCGUUAAGAUGAUUCUUGAUCCUCUGCGUGGUAAGGUGGUCGAUAUUGCAACCAAGGAUGAUCGCCCAGUGGUAGUUACCGCCGACGGCCUCGAGAUCGCCGCCGAUCUAGUCGUUGUAGCCGGCGGUGGAUGGACUCCGUCUUUGGUUCCAGAGGUCCAGGGCCUCUUGGAGACUACAGCUGGUUCCGUAGCCAAUAUCCAGAUUCCCAAGGACCAGUCUGAUCUAUGGAGCCGAUUCGGUCCGGAAAUCCAACCGGUGAUAACUUGGGGUUCUCGGCAAGGCAAGGACGUGUACAGUAUCCCGAGAGACGAAAAUGGGAUUUUUAAGAUCGGUUGGAGGAGCAGAAAAUGGACAAACUUCCAAGAUGUGGGUGGGCGGCGGAUAUCAGUUCCGAAAACCGCACACGUAACUGAGGAGAAGGAGACUCGCAUCCCGAUCGAUGCGCUCAACGGUAUCAAAGAAUUCAUAACGAUCAACUUUCCCGAGCUGGUCCCCCUAGGAAUAUCGUCCACUAGGCUCUGUUGGUAUACCGACAGCAUCGACAACUCGUUUGUGGUCGAUUUAGUGCCUGGACGUCCGGGAGUAGCCGUCUGCUCCGGCGGUAGCGGUCACGGCUUCAAGUUUCUGCCCAUCCUCGGACGGGAAGUCGUCAAGAUUCUCGAGGGAAAGGGGGGGCAGACGGUGUACGGCCAGAUGUGGAAGUGGAGGAAUAGUCCCGGGGCUAAGCGGAACGGGCUUGAGGAGGGCGAGCAAGGGCCCAGGGUGCUUUCAAGGCAGAAAAUGGCCGAAGAAGGGGAUUGGCGGUUUACAGUCUGAUAAUAUCCUAAGUAAAUUGCCCGGAAUUUGUUUCUAUUAACUAUGUGCUCUGGAAACCUCUAGAAAGGCUCAACAGCAACAAAAACGUGUUGUUGCCAUCGAUAACCUGCCACUCAAUUUGAUAACUUUACAAAGCCAAUACCUCGACUCAAUAUAAAAUCAGGAAUUAGCAAAAAUUCCUAUUCCAACACCUUCACUUCACCGGUCUGACCAAUGCUUACGCC